CUGAGCAGGCAGUUAGUAAUGUACGGUGGAGAGAUCCUCUUUUUCAAAUCCCAAGGCUCCAGGCCAUGCAAUGCUAGUAUUGCAUUUUCAAUUAGCUUCUGAGUGAAUGCUUGGCAUAUGUAGAAGUGAGCUGGUACACAAUUAGCUUAUUGUUCCUUUCAGCUUUCUGCUGAGAGGAUCUGAAGGGCUGCUGAAGAGAGGGGAGAGAAGGGAAAAAAAAAAGCAAAUAGCCAAGGCAGUGGCAUCUCUGUGGAUGUGGAAUAAGGGAGCUGCUGGGCUCGCGCAGAUUCCCGUGCUAAGUCGGGAGUUCCAGCUGCUCCUGCGGAGCUCCCAGCCUGGCUGUGGGGACGGCGCCGGGGCACAGCACAGAGCCAGACCAGCUCCAGUCUUCUCCCGUCUGUGUCACCUCAGCAUCACCAUGGAGCCCAACAGCCCCAAAAAAAUACAGUUUGCUGUGCCCCUGUUCCAGAGCCAAAUCGACCCCGAGGCAGCUGAGCAGAUCAGGAAAAGAAGGCCUACGCCAGCAUCACUCGUCAUCAUGAAUGAGCACAUGCCCCCAGAAAAAGAUGAGAAGAGAACAAACAUCUCACAGGCAGAGUCGCAGAGCGCGUCUCCCAAGCAGAGGAAGCAGAGCGUCUUCACCCCACCUGCCCUCAAAGGCAUUAAGCACCUGAAGAGUCAGAGUGACUCGGUGUUUCCAGAAGAAGAGGAGGGAGUUGGCGAGCGGGAAGAGGAGUGGGGCCAUUAACCAGAGCUGGCCUGAGCCCGUCCCACAGAGUCCCUGAACUGGCCCUUGGCCCCCAGCUCCCCGUGCCCCAGGGGGCUCUGCAGGCGCAGCACGGUGUCCUGUGGCCCUUCUUCACGGAGAUCAAACAGUUAUUUUAAAGUUGUUUUUUUUUCUUUUCUUUUCUAUGACUUAGAAAUGUAAUUUGCAAAUGUGUUAGCUCCCUGACGCCAGUACUGCCAGAGCUUAACUACUGCGUGUGAGCUGUAUUUAAGGCUUGUUGUAAAUAAAAGUACAAAAUAAAUAAUACAUUAAUUUAGACGA